AUGGCUUCUACCGAAGCUGAACCCCGCAGCACCAUUGCCAUUAACGAUGAUACGGAUGCAGAGACGGACGCACCUCGAUCCCCGCCGCGAAAGCUACGGAGAAAGAGACGCCUUAUGGACAAUAGCCUCCAAGAUUAUGAGGUUCUGUUUGAUGGCCCGGCGAUCCUCAAUUCCUCUGCAUCCACAAAAUCACAGCCGCUGAAAUGCGAAAUACACAACUUGAAAGCAGUUCUGGCAAGCUCCCAUCAGAGCUGGACUUGCCCUUUGCUGAUAUUAGGAAAGGCGACAGCAAAACAAAAAAUUCACACCGUAUUUGAAGCAGGGUCCGCGAAGAUCAGGGACCUACAAGAAGUGCAGCGCCUGAAGAAGUGGGACACUGAGCUAGAAAUCAAGCACUGGGAAGAGCUGAUUGGGAAAAACAAGGAGAUCUGCAAGCUUGAGGCUGAGGUCAGCGAGCUGGAGCAUCGGUGUCAAUGUCCAAUAUGCUAUACCAUCCUUCAGAGUGGAAAACCCGCCUGUGCGGACACAGGUUCUGCCCAGGGUGUCUCUUUCCUGACCCAGAGACCUGUGGACCAUGUCGUCGAGAUUUCACUGGCUAUAUAA